AUGCCGUUUACUCGUGUUUGUGUGGAAUGUGUUGAACGUCCGCAAUUGAAACUCUACGAAUUAAAUAAUUUUACAUUAUUUGAUGAGUCCAGUGUUGACACAUGUUCAGUUUGGUAUGGUUAUUGUAUCGGUUGCAAGUGUUCCUAUUAUUGUAAUAGUCUAUCAUACAGCGGUUCAAAGUGUAAUUUUGUCACGCGCGAAUCAUUCAAGUUUAGUGAAUUCAUCUAUUUUCAUGGUACAUCAACUGUCUAUCACCAACGUGUUAUGAUAUCAUUUGCAUCAGCAUUAUUGAGCAUGUGUUCAUCUGUAUCGGGUUUUGUUAAAUGGUACAAUGAUAAACUAGAUACAUAUCAAAAGUAUUCGUUCAGUGGCAGUACAAGUGGUUCCAGAUCUGUUAUUAAACAAAGUCGCAAAAUGGACGAGAAACAUUUUCAAAUAAAUUUUUUAAUGUAUGAAAUUAUAAAAUUUAUUUUCAUGUUUAUCGAAGUUGAUCGCAUUGAAAUCCCGAUGUCGUUUAGAAAUGCUGAUGAUGUUAAUACGUUUUUUUAUCAAUGGAAAGAUCGUUGCUAUGCUGCAUUUGUACGUUUUUGGAUGGAACACAAAAAGAUAUUUGGUCCGGUGUGCAGUGACACAUGUUCUAUAUGUUUAGUGGUAGAUGGCCAUCAAAAACCAGAUCGUCCUAUAUGCAAGUUUAAUAAUUGUUUCGAUAAUACUAUCAAUGAGUUAGGUCCUGUACUUGUUGGUUGUCCGUAUUCCAGUGUUAGAAAUAUAGAUGGUCGUAACCCUCAUCAUUUGUGUCCGAAACAUAUUGAGCAACUUAAUCUUGAUACGAAUGAAGAUGCGUUACGAUUUGAGAAGAGUGAUGAUCUUAACGGCAUUGAUCAAUGUAAUAUUAAGCGUCAUGAAUUGAUGAAUCAUAGCGGCCGAAAAUCCUCAUAUGGUAUUCUCAUGUCAUUUCUAAACUGUGGUAUUGUAGUUGGUUUUGACGAAUCCAUACGCUCAGAAUCACCGCGUCGGUUGCUGCGACAUUUAAUUCGUAUGGCAAAAAUAUCAAUGAUUCCACGCGGUGUUGUCUAUGAUAAUGCUUGUUCUAUUAAACUAUAUAUGGACGCUAAUUAUGGUGGUGAUUAUUUUCAACGUUCUAA